AUGCGCAACUUGAGCGAGUUAGCGCUCGCAACAGCAGCUGCCGUCACUGUUGCCCCCACUAUCUUCGCCAUCCCCUCUUUGAGCGCUGUAACGUCACCGCCGUCACCCCCCGGCCGCCCCCGCCCCCACUCCCGCCGCCGGCGCCUUCGCCAUCACCGCUGCCGGUGUCAUCGGCCUGCUAUUAUUGCUGUUACCCCAUUGCCUUCGCAGCCGCACCCCCACCCACGACCCCCUGAGGCGACCCUCCUGGGCAUUGGUUGCGAUGGGCGAAGCCGUACACCCGCUCGCCGCCGUCUUCCUCCCGCCCUGUCAACGCCCCCGCCGCCAGUCCAGUCCGCUCCGCUCCGCGGGACUAUCAGCGGCCGCUCCUCUGGACAGAUAAACCGGCGCUCCGGAGACGCGGCCGCGGCGCCCCCCAGUCAGUCACAGUCAGUCAGCCGGCAGCCGCAGGAGCAGCCGCUACCUACGCCGCUGCUCAAAGCCGUCCCUGCCGCCGCCGCCGCCGUCGUUGCCAUGGCCUACGACGACGUGCUGACCCACUUGGGCGACUUCGGUCGCUACCAGCGCCGAAUCUACCUGCUGCUGUGCCUGCCGGCCGUGACCUGUGCGCUGCAUAAGAUGUCUGGAGUGUUUCUCCAGGGGAGAGUCGAGCACAGGUGUCGGCUGCCGUCGGACGGCGCCAACGCGACGUUCGCGUUGCCGGACGAGGUGCUGAACGCGUCGCUGCCGUGGGACGAGGCGGCCGGGCGCUGGUCCAGCUGCCUGAGACGCGACGACGCCGACCCCGCGGGCCGCGCCGCGGUGCCCUGCCGCAGCUGGGUGUAUGACCCUCACCGCACCACCGCCGUCUCAGAGUGGGACCUGGUUUGUGAGCACGACUGGCUUCGACCAACGGCUGAUGCGUGCGUUAUGACGGGAGUGCUGGUGGGUGCGCUUCUAUUCGGCGCCCUUUCCGACAGGUUCGGGCGGCGGCCGGUGUUCUUCGGGUCGCUGGUGCUGCAAGUGGCCGUGGGGCUGCUGGCGGCGCUGGCGCCUUACUACGUGCUCUUCCUCGUGCUGCGCUUCGUCAUCGGCAUGACCACCUCCGGCGUCUUCCUCGUGGCCUACGUGCUAGCGAUGGAGAUGGUGGGGCCCAGCAAGCGCCUGGUGGCCGGCGUCAGCUGCCAGCUCUUCUUCACUGCCGGCUAUAUGCUUAGCGCCGUCUUCGCCAAGUACAUCACCGACUGGCGACUGCUGCAGGCCGCCAUGACGGCGCCCGGUCUUCUUUUCCUUCUGUACUGGUGGUUCGCAAACAACCUCACAUACUACGGCUUGUCUUGGAACACAGCAAAUCUUGGCGGCGACAUAUACCUGAACUUUCUCAUCUCCGGGGCUGUGGAAAUACCUGCCUACAUAUUUUUGCUACUGACUUUAAACCGCUGGGGGCGUAAAGCUAUCUUGUGUGGCUCCAUGAUUGUUGGAGCAGUCAUUCUCCUAAUUACGACUUUGGUGCCUCAAGAUAUGACGUGGCUAACAGUGACGUUGGUGAUGGUGGGGAAGUUGGCCAUCACGGCCUCCUACGGGACCGUGUACGUCUUCACCACGGAGCAGUUCCCGACGGUCAUCCGCAACGCAGCGCUGGGCACAAGCAGCAUGUGCGCCCGGGUUGGAGGCAUCAUCGCCCCGUACAUCAACCUGCUGGGAGGCGUGUGGCCAGCCAUGCCGACGCUAGUGUUUGGUGGCAUGACGCUGACGGCAGGACUGAUGGCUCUCCUGCUUCCUGAAACCCUGAACAGAACCCUGCCAGACACCAUCGCUGAUGGAGAAAGUUUCGGCAUGAAGAAGAUUGAUCCAGAGAACGCUGACGAUCUUCCAGUCAAGAAAGUAUGAGCUAUUUCAUCGAUGCUGCCUGUCAGUGGGUACUUCAAAAAUGUUCAUUUUCGUGUUCAAAGAAAGUUAAGAACGUUCAGCUAUAAGGCAUUCUGCAAUUUAUAAUCUAGAUAUCACCAUCUAUACGGGUUAUCUCUGACAUUUUAUCAGAAUGUUGCAAAAUAUUUAAAGUAUCCGUACUGGACCACAUUUCAGUACUCAUAAUGUACUGAAAAUUACAGCAUAUGAUAUCCUCUUACAAUGUUUAUGUCAAAAGUUGUCGUUUCGAAAGAACUCUGCUUUGAAACAAAGUAGGUAACUAUAGAAGGUGACAUAAAUAAUUCUUCAUAAUUAAUGUAGGAACACUAACUUUAAUAUUAAUUCUGCCUUUUCUUAUGAAAACACAAUACUUGCAACAUUCCUAUGCUGUACGUGUGUAACAAAAAGGUUUUUUGUUUAGGGCACGUAGUAAAGUUAUGUAUAACUGUUGUUGAAAUUUAUAAAAUUAACCUCUGGAUUAGUAGAAUCAUCAGCUUAAAGUAAAUGGAAGGAUACUGUUGUACCAUUUUGAUACUAAGUAGUUUUAAUAUUCACUAUAUAGUGGAUUUAUAAUCGUAUCAAACCUCAUAUUGAGGAGAAGUAAUGAAUAAUACUGGAAUCGCUAGAAGUAGCGUUUUAAUUAAAUGCUGACAAAAAUGUUCCAUCUCAAUGGUCUGAUCCACUUUGUCUUUGCACCCUUACUGAAACUGACGAAAUACAGAAAUACCUCUACUAACUCCUAUCUGAUGUUAUUUAUAAUCACUAUUAUUUACAUAUCUUAGCAUACUUUAUAGCCAAAUGAAACUAACAAUGCAUCGACCUUCGUUUAUCUCGAAAAUUCAGUGAUACGCGAGAAAUUUUAAUUUCCAAUCCAUUUGAAUAAACAGAAAAGGUAAGCACA